AUGUCGGUCCAACGCAGGAAAAUCAUAGAUGGCAACACCCAUGUCUUGAAGUCUCCUGUUGGGAUAGUACGGAUUCUAGCAGCCAUCUUCGCCUGUAUUACAUUCAGCUUGGUGGUCCACAGAGGAGGCUGGAGCGGCCGAGCUGGCGACUUGUGCAUGUUCUCCUGGUGCUUCUGCUUUGUUGUCACCAUCAUCAUCCUUGUUGUUGAGUUUGUAGGGAUACAGAGCCGGAUGCCAGUGUCCUGGAAGAAUUUUCCCAUCACGUUUGCAAUGUUUGCUGUCCUAAUGUGCCUUUCGGCUUCUGUUCUAUAUCCAUUAUACUUCCUUCAAGAUAGGAGCUACGGCAAUGAAACACACACUUACCAAGUUGUGGCAACUGUGUUCUCCUGCCUCACCACCUUGGCAUACAUCUUUGAAGUGUCGUUAACCAGGGCUCGACCGGGAGAAGUUACUGGCUACAUGGCUACUGUGCCUGGAAUACUGAAAGUCAUUGAAAGCUACAUAGCUUGUGUCAUUUUCGUCUUCAUUUCAGAACCCCCC